AUGCGCUGGGCAUUCUGGCGGAGCGCAGACGAGCCCGGACCAAGUACCCCAACCCCUAUCGAGGAGGUCAUGGAGGUCCCGACGCUCACUCGCUUCGAGCGUACGCUGGUCGACGAGGAGAAGGUCCAGGCGCCUCAGUAUCCGACCUUCCAGGACGUGCCGACUUGCAUGACCCUGUUCGACCAGUUCUUCAUGUGCGCUGCCCUCAUGCCGCAGGUGCGUGCCAUCUACCGCUUUGGCCACCUCAAGGACUGCACACCCAAGUGGGAUGACUUCAAGUACUGCAUGAGCCUGAAGAGCGAAGACGAGGAAGAGCGGCGACAGGCGUGGAUCAAGCGCCGCGCCGAGUGGUGGGCACAUCGUCGCGUCGGGCCCAGCUCGGAGGACGUGUGGGAGGUGCGCGAGAAACCCCUCGAGAACUUCCCUCCUCUGUAUCCCGAAUACGACCUCGAUGAGAGCCAGGAUGCUGCCGGCACUGUGUAA